AUGUGCAAACAGCCUAAAACAAUUAUAAACAGUCAUACGGUUCUAGAUAAAGGUUGGAUAUAUAAUUUUUUUAAAGCGUGGCUUGGAAAUGGAUUAAUUACAAGAUCCAGAGAAUUAUGGAGGCCAAGACGAAAGUUAUUAACACCAGCAUUUCACUUUAAAAUUCUAGAAAAUUUUCAUACAGUUAUCAAUAAACAUUGUUUUAUUUUAAUCGAUAAACUAGAGAAAAAAGUACAAGAUCCAUGGGUUAACAUCACUCGCAUGUUAUCCUUAUGCACUCUUGAUAUUAUAGCAGAAACUGCAAUGGGAGUAGAAAUAAAUGCUCAACAGGAUAAAGAAUCUGAAUACGUCGUGGCUAUCAAUAGAAUUGAAAAACUGUUACUACGAAGACUUGCAUAUCCUUGGCUAUGGUCUAACACCAUUUUCAAUUUAACCCCAUCGGGAAGGGAAGUUAAUCGCGUUGUUAACACUCUGCAUAGUUUCACUAGAAAGGUAAUAUCUAAAAGGAAACAAAAAAUGCAAGAAUAUCUAAAAGAUAAAAAAGUCUCUAUCGAUGAAGAUUCUGAAAAUGUAUAUACUCAGAGUAAGAACAGAAAACCAUUCCUCACCCUUCUUCUCCAUCAUCAUUUGAAUAAUGGAGACAUCACUGAAGAAGAUAUCAGAGAAGAAGUGGAUACCUUCAUGUUAGCUGGCCACGAUACUACUUCAGUAGGCAUUUCAUGGACAUUAUACAAUCUCGGACUUUAUCCGGAUAUACAGCAGAAAGUAUACGACGAAGUUGUUAGUGUAUGUGGAAAUGAUAAGAGAACACCAAUUACAUCAGAAGAUAUCAAAGAGAUGAAGUAUUUAGAAUGUGUUAUAAAGGAAACACUUAGAUUGUAUCCAUCAGUUCCAGUAAUUGGAAGAGAAACCAAAGAAGAUUUUAAAUUAAAUGAAACAAUAACUAUACCAGCAAAGUCCUUCGUUUUUCUUCACAUCUAUUUCUUACAUCACGAUCCCGAAUAUUAUCCAAAUCCUGAAGUAUUCGAUCCCGAUCGGUUCCUGCCAGAAAACUGUAAAGGAAGACAUCCUUUCGCCUUUAUCCCCUUUUCGGCAGGGCCAAGAAAUUGCAUAGGUCAAAAAUUUGCAUUGAUGGAAGAGAAGAUUAUUAUAAGCAAUAUUUUACGUCAUUUCAUUGUCAAAUCUGUUGAUUAUCCUGAUAAGAUUCCUUUGUGUCCUGAAAUUGUUCUUCGACCCGCUAAAGACUUAAAACUGCAAUUUAAAGCAAGAUAAAAUGAAAUUUUAAAGAAUAGGAAUCUCUAUUAUUUAAUGGCGUAUAUACUUUUAACUGUAGCACUAGUUAUUGCUAUAACAGCAAUUAUUUCCUAUGUUCGAUGGAAGAAACAAGUAACAAAAGCAAAGAAAGAUGGUUUAAACUUAUUUACACUUGCUCCAAUGUGGUACAUUUUCUGGAAAUUCUUAUUUAGAAAUAGAGAAGUUAACGAUCAAGUUGUUUUAUUUAGCAGAAUAUGUGGAAUGAAUAAGUUGUUUGAGAGGGAGCGAAUCUUCGCUGUUACCUUCAACAGAACGUUUAUUAUUCAUAUUUAUAAAACCGAACAUAUAAAACCAAUUUUAAAUAACAACGAUGUACUUAAUAAAUCAAGAAUGUACGAUUUAAUGCAUCCUUGGAUCGGAAAAGGUCUGCUUACAAGUACCAAAGAAAAAUGGAAACAAAGACGAAAACUUUUAACUCCAGCAUUUCAUUUUAAUAUAUUAGAAACCUUUCAACCCAUCUUUAACGAACAUUCAUUUGUUCUUGUACAAAAAUUAAAUAAAUUAGAACCCAAUUCUUGGAUCGAUAUUGUUCCUCUGAUGUCUCUCUGUACAUUAGACAUAAUUGGAGAGACAGCAAUGGGAGUGAAGUUGAAAUCACAGGAAAAUGAAAGUUCUGAAUACGUUCAAGCAGUGGGAAAAAUGGAGAGUUUGAUUACGGAAAGAACAAUGUAUCCUUGGUAUCGAUUCGAUUUUAUUUACUACUUAAUAUCAGCUGGAAAAGAAUUCAAGAGAUGUGUAAACAUCAUACAUAAUUUCACUAGACAGGUCAUAUCGGAGAGAAAAGAAGAAUUUAUAAAAAUUUUAAAAGAAUUGAAGAAUGAAAGCGAAGAAAAUGUCUUCUUUCAGAAGAAAGAGAAGAAACCAUUUUUAGAUCUUUUACUUUAUCGUCAUUUAGUCCAUGGAGACAUUACUCAAGAGGAUAUCAGAGAAGAAGUGGAUACCUUCAUGUUUGAGGGUCACGAUACUACAGCUAUAGGAAUAAGUUGGGCAUUGUAUAAUCUCGGUUUAUAUCCCGAUAUACAAGAAAAAGCCUAUGAAGAGUUGUACAAGAUUUUUGGAGAUGACAAAGAAAGGCCAAUUACUUGUGAUGAUUUAAGAGAUAUGAAAUAUGUGGAAUGUGUUAUUAAGGAAACAUUAAGACUUUAUCCUCCUGUUCCUGUCAUAGCCCGUUGUCAUUCUGAAGAAUUUAAAAUUGAUGAUAUAACUAUACCCAAAGAUUCGAUAGUGAAUAUAUUUAUACAUUCCCUACAUCGAGAUCCUGAAUUCUAUCCAGACCCUGAAAAAUUUAAUCCUGAACGAUUUUAUGCUGAAAACAACAGAGAAAGAAAUCCCUUUUCAUAUAUUCCAUUUUCUGCAGGAGCACGAAAUUGUAUUGGGCAGAGAUUCGCCCUGAUGGAAGAGAAAGUGGUAGUAGCUAAUAUAUUACGUCAUUUCCGAAUAUAUGCCAAAGAGAAACCUGAUAAAAUGAUCGAAUGUGGCCAAUUAGUACUUAGAUCUGUGAAUGGCAUACAUUUAAAAUUCCAGAAGCGAUAAAAGA